GCCACACCAUCGUUCCCGUUUCUCCGAGACAUUUAUAGGCAUCGUUGCUCUUUCACUCUCGAAUCAACUCGCAUCAUCCUCUUCGUUCAACAUGACUUGGGUCUUCGGCUGGCCUCUCUACGACGAUGACGCCAUCAAGAUCGCAAAGGAGCACAAUCUCGUCAAAAACCCAAACGCGAACGAUGCUCAACGCGUUCAAGCAGCCAGGCUGUGGGUCGCGGACCACAUUGGUGGCGUCCCUGUCCUCUGUUGCUGGGUCGACAACAUGCCAGAGGUCGUGUACGCUGCAUAUAUCGACUACGGGAACAAUCGAUAUCCCCCGAUAGAACUCGUCCACGAGGAUACGAUCUCCAGAAAGCAGUAUCGCCGUCUCAAGCGGGCGAUGCCGCUGAGGGAUCUUGGUUGGUACCAGCACGACGACCCAUCUUGCGAACUCUAUGAGGAGACGGUUUACGAGGAUGUCGAUGACAGUGACGAAGAAAGUGACGAGGGUAGCGACACCGAUGGCGAUGAAGAUAGCGGCGAAGGAGGUGAUAACGAAGUUGCCUCGAUGAACAUCGCCAGCGUUGACGAAGACACGGCUGAGAGCGAUAAUGAAACGGUGACCGACGGUGCGGUCUCGAAGUCGGACCUACUCCCAGAGGGCUUCAGCCCCUCUGAAGCGGUUCAGUCAUUGCCAACGGAUUUUGAUGCCCGUUGCACCAUUACCGAGCCGUAGCCUUGACACAACGCAGUUCACCCCAUCUCCGCCUGUCGUCGUACUGUCUAAACUCUGUAUCGUUGAUCUACUACCUCCGUGACUCCUGUAUCAUCCUGUCAUUGCCAUCGAUGUUGCAUUGUACUUUAUAUGCAUGAUUGCCCCAACUUCAUUACGUUCAACCUG